AAAUCAAGAUGAUUAGUUGAUCAUUAAAUUGUCUUAACUGUAAAUUGUAACUCUUUGAUUGAUUGACGAUGAAUAUUUCAAUUUACACGUUGAUUUAUCAACUAAUUACAUUUUCUGCUAAUUUUAUUCAACAAGAGCAACAAUUUAGACAAUUUAUCAAAGUUUACAAUAAGAAUUACACUUUUAAUUCAUCUGAAUAUUGGCAUCGAUUCACAAUCUUUCAGAGAUCAAUUGAGAAGAUUAAAAAUCUUAACAAUCAACGUAAACAUCCAAACAGUGCUUUGUUUGGAUUAACUCCUUUUACUGAUUUAACUUUGACAGAAUUUAAGAGUAAAGUUAUUAAAACGAUUGGUAAACGUUAUAAGCAACGAAAUGACGUUACAGGCUCCAAACGAUUGUUAUUAUCAUCAUCUCAAUAUAAUGGUAACAAUUUAACUAAUCAAGAUGAUGGUGAUUUAAGUAUGGACAAGAUAAUUAAAACUCUUCCACCUCAAGUUGAUUGGAGGUCAAAGGGUAUAAUUGGUAAUGUAAUUGCUCAAGGUAAAUGUGGCUCUUGUUGGGCUCACACCGUUACCGAAACAAUUAGCUCAAUGGUUGCACUGGAAACAAAUAAAUUCACCAGAUUAAGUGCUCAACAAUUACUUGAUUGUUCAGAUAAUAAUUACGGUUGUAACGGAGGUGACCUUUGCGAAGCCUUAAAUUGGAUUGUGAAAAAUAACGUCACCCUAUUAAAGGAAACAGAUUAUCCUCUUAGACUGGACUCUGGUCAGUGUCGUCAACCCAAUAUAACCAAUGGAGUUCAAAUUGAAUCCAAUUUCACUUGUCACCGACAAACUGGACACGAGGAAAAUAUGUUACAGUUAAUUGCUAAUCAUGGACCUUUAAUGGCCGCCGCCGAUGCGUCAAUAUGGCAACACUAUGUUAAUGGUACUAUUCACGAAAAUUGUGGCCAAGAUGCCAACCACGCAGUCCAAAUUGUAGGCUACAAUUUGCAAGAUGAUAUCCCUUAUUAUAUUGCUCGUAAUACUUGGGGUACCAAUUGGGGUAUGGAUGGUUACCUACAGAUCGCUAUUGGUAACAAUACAUGUGACAUAACGGCGGAGGUUUCAGCGGUUUGGAUUAAAUCAAUUGAUUGAGACCGGAAAAACUAAUAACGAUCAAUUUAUCACCGAAAGUUCAUUUACCGUUACAAAGAUAACUGUUUACCUGUAACAACCAAUCAACAACAAAACUUGUUCCAAACUUGGAAACUGAAAAUCAAGUUCAAUCCUUUUUUUUUCUUCCUCUUCAUGAUAACCAUCAUAUUCAUCAUUACAUAUCAUCAUUACUCUUCACAGAAUCAGCUGAAAAUCAUCAUCAUGUAGUUCAUUUAGUGAGAGAUAAAAUUAAAGUACCAUUUUUUUGUUCCACCAAAGAAGCAAAAAACCGAUGAAACAACAACACGAGAAGAAGAGAAAAUCAUUUCUACUGAACUUUUUUUUCUUUUUCAGAAUUUUCAUCAUUUAUCUCUUACGUUUAUCAUGUUAAAAACUGAAAUUCUACGAAAAAAAAAAUUCAUUACCACACUAAAUUUACUCUCACCAUUGAAUGAUCAUUAAAUAAUCUAUUAAAUUGAUAA